AUGUCUAAUAACGAGGAAAAAACCAAUAUGUCACAAGAAGAAGUUUUACAUCAAUUUGUUAAUCGAAUAUUUAGCAAUGAUCAAUUUCGAGAAAAAAUCAUGAUGCCAAACGUAAUGGGCCGGCCGGUAGUAAAAUCAGUAGAAGAAAAAACUUUAGACGCUAUUACUGAAAGUUGUGCAUUUAAGUGCAUUUUAAGCGGUGUAAUGGGUUUUGCUCUUGGUGGGGCCAUUGGUCUUUUUACUUCUAGUGUAAAUCCACAAAUAAAACCACCUGGUCAGCAAGAAACAGUCAAAGAAAUUAUACGUGAAAUGAAAACUUCUUCACUCGGUUAUGCGAAAAACUUUGCUUUACUUGGAGCUGUCUUCUCAGGCAUUGAAUGUAUCGUAGAAACAUAUAGAGGUCAAUCUGACUGGAAAAACGGUACAUAUGCAGGUGGAAUAACUGGUGGAUUAAUAGGAUUUAGAGCUGGAGCCAAAGCAGGUUUACUUGGAGCUUUGGGUUUUGCUACAUUUUCCACUGCAAUUGAUUAUUACAUGCGUAAUUCUUCAUAAAUAUUGUUAAAUAAUUUUAUUUGUAAUUGAUUUUAUUGUUGUAAAUAAAAUGUAAGUAGACUUUUUAAUUGUAGUAAAAAUAUAAUACUAUGACUUAAA